AGCUUUUGCCUGAGCUUAGGAGUGUCUGAGAUGGAGACCCCAGAGGAAGCGGCGGACGGAAAACAGCGCGUCCACCUGCGCCCAGGCUCGUUGCGUGACCCAGCGCCGGCUACGCUGCACCUCCUGCCCUGCGAGGUUCUGGUGAGCCGGCCCGCCCCAGUGGAGCGCUUUUUCACGCCCGCCGUGCGCCACGGUGCAGACGGGCUGCAGGUGUCGUUUCGUGGUCGUGGCCUGCGGGGCGAGGAGGUAGCUGUGCCGCCGGGCUUUGCGGGAUUCGUGAUGGUGACGGAGGAGAUGGGAAAGGGGCUGCUAGGGAAGCUGAACUUCUCAGGGGACGCAGACGAAACACAGGAGCCGCUGGCGCGGGACUUCGACCGCUUUAUCGGAGCCACCGGCAGCUUCAGCCACUUCACCCUGUGGGGUCUGGAAACGGUCCCUGGCCCCGAUGCCAAAGUGCACAGGGCUCUAGGUUGGCCCAGCCUCGCUGCGGCGAUUCACGCACAGGUGCCUGAGGACUGAGCACUAGAGCAUGAAAAUGAAAGUCACAGAUCCCUUCAUACCAAUAAGGGAGCAACACGCUGACUUUGGAGCCACUGUUUCUAUCCCAAUAAAUGAACUUCACAACACCCGUGAGUCUGUGGGCACCUUAGUUCCCUGAAG